UACCGCAUACGCGAAUCAAGAGCACAGAAACACGCUUAAACACGCUCUGCGCAUAUCGGCUACAGCCAACGCUCUGUACUGUGGCAGUGCGUGCAGGCAAAAAUUCGAAAGUUGCAGGAGCGUGCCGCGUGCAAAUCGACGAUUCUUGCCUUGGCUGCAACCGUCUUGCAUCGUGCGCCUCAUUCGCUGCAGUCAGAUCACUGUGUAUUGACUAAAUCACACGUUUUCCGUAGCAUUUUGCACCCGUCUCACCACUCACGUAAUAUUCCAACCUAGGUCACUGUGUUGUAUUUUCAUUUGCACAUUCCUGUGUGAAGUUUUGUUAGUUUUUGAGUAUUUUGGUGUGAAAUGGCCCGCACAAAGCAGACUGCCCGUAAAUCCACUGGUGGCAAGGCGCCCCGCAAACAGUUGGCCACGAAGGCCGCCCGCAAGUCGGCCCCCUCCACCGGGGGCGUCAAGAAGCCCCAUCGCUACCGUCCCGGGACGGUGGCGCUGCGUGAGAUCCGGCGCUACCAGAAAUCCACGGAGCUGUUGAUCCGCAAACUGCCCUUUCAGCGUCUGGUCCGCGAGAUCGCCCAGGACUUCAAGACGGAUCUGCGCUUCCAGAGCGCCGCCAUCGGCGCCCUGCAGGAGGCCAGCGAGGCGUAUUUGGUGGGGUUAUUUGAGGACACCAAUCUGUGCGCCAUCCACGCCAAACGCGUCACCAUCAUGCCCAAAGACAUUCAGUUGGCCCGUCGCAUCCGCGGAGAGCGCGCUUAAUUCAGGGAAGUAAAAAUCCUGUGCGCACGGAGAAAACACGGAGUAUUCCGGAAAUGAUCGUCAAAUCCGUGGAAAAUGUUUAUCCACGUUGUGCAAUCUUAAUAUUUGGUGUCUAAUCAGUCGCGCUGUUGUAUUCUGUUUUUUUUUUGUUUUCUUACGUCUUUAAACCGGGUUUUAGUCAGUCACCGGCGCUACCUCCCGCGGCCGCCGUCCGCGGCGAUUACUCCUUGUUUUACCGGGCAUUUUUCCGUCUGUGUCUCGCUGCUGUUCCUCGGAUUCUCAUUUUUGAACGUUUUGCUUUUGAACUGUGUGGCAUGUGCGCAGCGUUUACACUUGGUCUCGUUCGUAGUCAGUGAGUCUGCUAUUCCUGUAAUAUAAUUAUUAUUUUAUCGAAACAAAUCGGUUUUCACCCAAUACACGUGUCCGCCUCA